AUGACAACAACCAUGACAACCCAAGAAGCACAGCAGGAGCAGAAGCAGGAGCACAUUAUUCUCUUUUACAAGUAUCAUCCAUUAUCUGAAGAUAAGGAACAAACCGAGCUCUACCGAUGUGCCUUGGAAAAGCUAUGCCAAGGCUUGAACCUAAAGGGGAGAAUUUUGGUAGGGUGUUCGCAAACAGAGGGAAUCAACGGAACAUUGGCAGGUGAUUAUCUCGACCUGCAAGCAUUUCAAUAUGCUCUCUUGGGAAAACAACGACACGAACAGGAGGGAGGAGAUGAUACCACCAUUGAUUCUGCUAGAUUCUCGUCGGUAGAUUUAUUUUGGAAAGAUGCCACCCAGUACUUUCAAUCCAUCCACCAACCAGUCCUCUGCAUGAAUUCACCAGAAGACUUCAAGUGGUCUCAUGCAACACGUGCAGAGCCGUUAUUCCCAGAUUUGAACAUCAAAUGUGUCAAGGAACUGAUUGGGACAGGAGGUGUGUUGUCUUCCAUUUCUCUAGAGGAGACUGCCAAGGGUUACUUGACACCCCAACAGUGGCACCAAGAAGUGUCCAAAAUGGUGGCAAACAACAAUGAUAACAACAACAACCAAGAUAAUGGUACCAUCCUGAUUGAUUGUCGAAACACCAAAGAAUGUGAAGUGGGCCAUUUUCAGGGAGCCAUUGACCCCAACACGACAACCUUUGCACAGUUUCCUCACUGGGUGGAUCAGAACAAACACUUGCUCCAAGAAAAACGAGUACUCAUGUACUGCACUGGCGGCAUUCGAUGUGAAAAGGCGUCGGCAUACAUUCGACGUCAAGUGCCAUCGGCCAAAUCAGUACAGCACUUGAAGGGUGGCAUUCACAAGUAUCUGGAAGCCAUGGACAACAGCCAUGAGGAACCCGUUUGGCUGGGAAAGAACUUUGUCUUUCACACACCUGUGGAAACCAAACUUGGCUGCAACAACAAUAAUAAUAGCCAUGCUACUACAAAUAGUAGUACAAAUGGGACGACAACCACCAUUGUUGGAAGAUGCAUCUACUGCGAAGCGCCAUACGAUAACUUUGACCCAAAGUGCGUUUGCACGGUGUGUCGUGAGCCCUGUCUGGCUUGUCCCGACUGCCAGCAAAAGGUGACCGAGUUUCACUGCAAGAAUCACUUUCAUUUGCGAGAUUGCUAUUUCAGCAAUCUGACGACAAUCUCCGAGGAGGAACUUCAGAAACAGCUCCUGCAGCUAGAAACCAUUCUCACGGAGAUUGCCGUGGGGAAACGAUUCAAGCAAAAGCGCAAGACGUUGCAGAAACAAUGUAACAAAAUACGACAGAGACUGCUAGAGCUUGCAGAUGGAGGGGCAACAGUCGAGCCGGGUGUUGCGAAGCGUUGUCGCAACUGUGACGAUACUGCCUGCACUGGACGAUGCUGGGGAUUCUACAGUUUGAAACGAAAGGAAGCACUGGAACAACGACAGCAGGCCAAGCAACAAGCAGAGUCGCAAGCAGGGUCCGAGAACAUUGUCAAACACCAAAAGAAGAUGAUGAAAACUCAAGACAACAAAAAGCGAGGCGCAACCGACCGCAACCGAGAUCGAAUGAGCAAAGAGAUUUCCGAUCUGAACUUGUCGGUGCCGCCAUCGGCUCAUCGUGACCCCAAAACGGGAAUUCGUGUUCCACCACCGUGCACUCGGAUUCUACAGACAAAGAUGAAAGGGAAGUGGAAAGGAAAGCCAGUGUUGCAAGUUGUCAAGGAAGAGUUUCAUGAGCUGUCCAAGCCGGGGGUGCUCGACCGUCUGCUGGAACAUGGUCUCUUGCGCGUCAACGACGUGCCUGUGACAACACAAAACGCGGGAACCGGGUUGAUGACCGGUGAUACGAUCAGCCGCAUAGUCCACUGGCAUGAACCCCCAGUCAUUGUUCCCGAAAGUAUCAGCGUUCAAAAAGUUGGCCUGUCUGAUGCUGUCAAGAUGGAGUUUGGAAUCGACAACAGCAGCAAUGAUUCGGAUAUCUACGUUUGCAACAAACCUUCUUCGCUGCCAGUUCAUCCUGCUGGUCCAUAUCUUUCCAAUUCGCUCACAUUGAUGAUCGAGGCGCAAGAAAAGCUUGAUCCUCAGUCGUUGUCGCCGUGCCAUCGCACUGAUCGGGUGACCAGUGGGUUGACAAUUUGCUGCACCAACUCAAUCGUUGCGCGGAUCAUUCAACGCAGUAUGUGCGAAAAGCAAGUCAAGAAACUCUACUUGGCACGAGUCCAUGGCAAGUUUGUUGCUUCCGAAGAGGAAGUUGGCUCUGUGCGUUGUCCAGACGACCAACGCACUCUGACCAACGUGCAGUACUCCAAGGACAUGAAUUGCGUGCAAGUCGAUGCACCCAUCGAAACGGUCGACCCUUCUAAUGGGAUUCGAAAGGUGACGGACAAAGGGAAGCCUGCUACUAGUCUGUUCCGUCUCUUGUCCUACGAUCCUGUCUCCGAAGUAUCUUUGCUCGCUUGCCAGCCAAUUACGGGCCGCAGCCACCAAUUGAGAGUCCAUCUUCAGCUACUUGGUUUCCCAAUAGUUGGUGACGUGCUGUACGGUGGGAGAGACUUGAACCAAGCAACCGCUUUGCAACGGCAGACCUCCGCCAUUGAUUCAUUGAUACAGUCAACAAGAAGAGCCGAGCCUGAACUUCGAGUCAAGUCCGUGACGGACAGCGACGGCAUUGCCGCAAGAAAUGCCUGUGGUCUAUGCCACCCUUUCGGCCAUGAGUCUGCGGAGUGCUCGAUCUCAGCGGCUUGUACAUCCUGUUUCUUCACCCCGGCACAACUAUUGAAAUCUGGGCAUGCCAUUGAUCUGCAUGCGUAUAGGUAUCGAGUAGACAUCCUCCCAAGCAAGAAGAACGCGGAAGGAUCUGGCAAUGACCCAGUUGGUGUUUUGGAUCUGAUUGUUGCACAACCAGCAUGGGCAUCAUCGGAUCUGACAAGCAGCUUGGCGUGGCUUGAUGGCCCCUCGACGAUGGAAUGA